GAAAAAGUUGUGGUCAGAGUGAGUUGCCAUUUCCUCCUCACAUGUCUAAAGCAGUGACAGAGAUCUCAGUCUCAUCAUGAAGAUCCUUCACAUUAACUUCUAUCUACUUGUGUGCUAUGGAGCUGCAGACAGUUUCACGGAGAAGUUGGUGGAUUUUGGACGAAAUGUGACUCUACAUUGUGAAGUAGAUAUAAAAGAUGUGUACUGGUUCCUGAUAAAGCCGUCAGAACCACCAGUGUUUAUAUUACGCUCUUUCUCUGGAAGAUCUCUGAGGGCAGAAUACAGUAACCCGACCUUCAGGAAGACUUUCUCAGUGCAAUACAACAGCAGUUUAUUCAUACACAAUAUCAGUACUAAUGUAUUAGGAGUGUAUUAUUGUAGUAAAACUCCAGCUGGUUCACCUCCUAACAUCAGCCAUGGAUUCAAACUUUACAUCCAGAAUCAUUCAGCUGUUCCAGAGAAUCAGACAUCUAUGACUAGACAGUGCCAGCAUCAGACAAUUGAUAAAGGUGAAGAGAUCAGACUGUGGAGAAAUUUCCUCAUCAUAUUGGGAAUGAUGAUCUGUAUGGGGAUCGCUGCAGUCACAGUCUCGAUCGUGAGCUGCUGUGGAAAAAACAAACCAAUAAACAGGGAUGGAAAACUUGAAGAAGUCACUGGAUCUCAGGUAUGCUUACCAGAAGCACAUUAUCAAAGCAUCUACAAUGUGGUGCAGUUUCACCCUGUCAUGUAACACACAACACACACACACACACACACACACACACAC